UGUCAUCAAGGAUGGACUGGCAAACACUGUGAAAAUGAUAUUGAUGAGUGUAACGAUACAUCUAGCUGCGGGGUAGAAGCGUAUUGUACUAAUUUUUACGGAGGUUAUAAUUGCACGUGCAAGAAAGACUUUCCGAAAGGAGAUCCGACAUUUCAUUGCUAUGAAAACGUUAUCAUUGAAUUGGUGACACCUGUAGCACCGUUCAGGGGAGAUAAUGAGCUGAUCACCUCUUUUCCGAUACACAACAGGUUUCCGUAUUUUGGAACGGAGUAUAAAUCUUUUAGACCGAAUAUGAAUGGUUUUAUAACACUUGGCUUUCAACCCUUGUAUCAGAACUAUGGACCAGAAACACCUACUGACUGGAAGACAUUUAGCGAAGGUCGGACAGUGAUAGCUCCAUUCUGGACAAAUCUAGACUCUACUAAUCUAACUGGAGGUGUUUUUGUCCAUCUUAUGGAAUACUACAGCGGUGAUAUGAACGAUAGUCGACACAAAGACCUGGCAAUGCUAGGAAGAAAAUUUUCAAAUUACUUGAACCUCACAGAUUUUCAUCCGCGUGUUGCUAUUGAAGCAACGUGGAUGAACGUUACAAAAUCAUCCUAUAUUAUACCAACAAGACUCAUAAAAUCUCAAAAUGUGACAAUGCAAUUGAUUCUAAUUUCGGAUGGUAUAUAUUCAUACCUUAUGUUUAACUACGAUCAUGAGCAGUGGUCACUUAAACUUGACAAGAAUAUACCAAGUUCUGCCGGCUUUAGUUGUAAAGACAACAAUGUUCACAUCUUGCAACAAGCAAAAAUGCGAGUUCGCUGAACAACGAUACCAACGUUCAAUCGGGUCCUAAUGGAAGGUGGAUAUUCGACGUUACAGACGAUGAUCCGGAUAAAAUUGCCGUUCUAAAAAACGAAUCAGAGUGUCUGAAAUUUAGUAAAAAUGACACAAUACGAAAAUGGAUAGCGAGACAGCGAUUGUUAUCGUACGCAUGCCCAUGUGUCCAGCAGCAGAUGGACCUCGAUUACAGUUACCAUAUUGUGGAACCAAUGUACGAGCAUUCGAGUCCUAAACCAACGUGCUAUGAGGCGUGGUUCUUUAACAAUGAUGGCGUGAAGCAGACAUGUUGUUACAGUUAUGGAGCUUUGAAGAAAGAUUUUAUAGGAGGUGGUUUUGCAACUUUCGAGCCAGACACUUACAAUAUUAUUCAAUAUUUCUACAUGUGCUGCGACUCAAAUAAUGAUAGACACCUGUGUCGUCUUUUUUAUGAAAUGAAUCCGCCUGAUGACUGUUCUAGAUUUCAACCUGCGGACGAACCCGUUAGCAGACACAAGCGUUCAUUCUUUGGUUUCUGGAACAACGGGGCUUGCAAAUUAUGUUUAAACGAUUUGUAUAUGAUUGUUUUACUUGUAUUCGUACAGAUAAUUAACUAACAGAAACAAUAUACGUUGAUGGUUCGUUUUCAUUACUGAUAGAAACGUAUUUAUUUCAUUAGACUGGAAAUUAAAUUUUGUUUAGAGAGAUAAAAGAAGUAUUUUGAUAAUAAUAUGACAGCUUUCAAAAACCUUUUCCUACUGGACAAAUAUACCUCUGUCUUAAAAAUAUAGUUUCGUCCGUGUAUUGAGAGUGUAUAAUUUUUUUACUAACGGAUUUACCAAGAAAUUGCAUUUCUAGUAGUAUCAAAAUUUCACGUCUAAUAAAUGAAACUUCGCUGAUUUUCUGGACAUAAAAGGACUGGAAUCAACCAUGUUUUUAAAUAUGUGUACCAUUUAAUGUCUGGAUAAAAUACAGACGAACAAAAUCAUUCAUUCAGUCCGUUUUUCCAAAAUAAUAAUUUGUAUUGUGCAAGUUGACCCGAAAGAAAUAUAUGAAAAAAGCUUAUAAACGCCUCCACUCAAUUCAUGCUCAGAAUAAUACAAUUAUCAAUUAUGAUUUCUUUCCUAGUAAAUUGUCAUUAUCUUGUAUGUAUUAAUUGGUUUGAACCCAUUGGAGUUUCUUUGCUUCAAUUUAAUUUUAGAUACAAUUUUCCUGCUGGUUUUCACUUUCUUGCAUUGUUUUCUUCAUAAUUUAAUAAAUUGCUGUAAAUCUCA